AUGCUUUCGGAGGGCGCGUGCGCAGAUCGGGAACAGGUUGUUGAACCGGCGAAAGGUGACGUAAAAGCGCACGGGGUGAGACGCAGGGCUCGGAACGUCAAAGCCCUGCGUCCUCCGGCGUCCCGGGCGGAGAAAGGCGCGCUCCUUGGCGGCGGUAGCAGCAGCCCACAUGGACCGAGGCUACAGCAACCCCAGCUAAACCGAGGCCGAGCGGCGCGGAGCGGACUGGCCAGGCAGCCAACCCCGGAGGAGCGGCCGGCAGCCGGCCGCCGCACCCAAGAGUUGGGGCUAUCCUACAAACCCAUCGCCCCCGCCCCCAGCAGCACCCCGGGCUCCAGCACCCCUGGGCCCGGCACCCCAGUCCCUACAGCCGGAAGUGUCCCCUCGCCAUCGGGCUCGGUGCCUGGAGCUGCUGCCCCUUUCAGACCACUGUUUAACGACUUUGGACCGCCCUCCAUGGGCUAUGUGCAGGCAAUGAAGCCACCCGGCGCCCAGGGCUCCCAGAGCACCUACACGGACUUGUUGUCGGUCAUAGAGGAGAUGGGCAAAGAGAUCCGGCCCACCUAUGCCGGCAGCAAGAGCGCCAUGGAGCGCCUGAAGAGAGGUGAGUGGGGCCGGGCUCCCACCCCCAGGACGACCGACCUCUGGAGGCCACCUGAGCCCAGCCUAGACUAGGGGCAGGGUCACUAUCCAUAGGUGUAUUGAACUGAAUUGAAAAUUAGUUGGUUUCCAGGGAGGGACCAGGGAAUUUGUAUUUCAACAGGAUACAUUGGAGGAUUAGCCAAAUCUCACCUAGCCUUUAGAUUAUGGUCCCUCUAACUGAAGGGAAAGCGGGUGGGGAGGGAGGGAG